AUGUGGAAGAUACGGACCAUCCUUUCGCCUCAAAAAGUACUCCUGAUCAUCCCAUGUUUAAUAUUAUUUCUGGUCUACUUCAAACUGGUCGAAGUUCCGCAGCCAUCCAAAUCAACAGAAUCACUUGUAAAUCAGAAACUACGACAACUUAAAGAACAUGAUUUGCUUCCCAAGUUAAGUAAACCCAAAACUAUUGAAAUUCUGCAAAAAAGUCCUGCAGUUCCCCCAGCUGUGCUUCCAUCUUGUCCUAAUGUUCUGACCAACAUGGUACAGGGAUAUUGGAAACAGAAUUCAAUGACACCAGACCAGCGUAAAGAGAUCGAUCAUUUUUUGAAUGUAUUAGCACGAUAUGAGGCUGUACCACCGAACUUCCAGAGAACAGAUCUAAAAUGUGGUAACGUUACAUAUCCACUACCCUAUAAUAAGUGGAUCCGAGCGGUCUGUGAUAAACAUGGAGCUACCCCGUGCUGUUAUAAUAAUAAAUGUGUUUCUAUGACAUCAGAUGAGUGUAUCUGUGACAAUUGUUUGGAUCUACGGACGAGAAUUAUUGCUGAAUAUGCAGAUUGGAUUCCCUUUGACAGAAGAUGUACAGUGAAAGUGUACAAUCAAAACGAUGCCUGUGAGUUGUUAUCAGACCAUGUGAUGGUUUUUAUGGGAGAUUCUAUGGUGGUGUCUAUAUCGCUCUGUUGUUAUUGUUAA